AUGUGCGGCAUCGCCCUGCUCGUCUCGACCAGCGGCAAUGACGAGCGCACAACGCAAGAUCCAAAGCCCUCGCUGAAAGCGCUGUAUCCGGCGGUGCAGCGCAGCAAUCGCCGCAGAGGUCCCGACCAGGACGCGGCGGCAACACACACGCUGGUACGGCAAGAUGGAUCGCAGAUCGUCCUGUCGCUCACCAGCAGCGUGCUCGGUCUGCGCGGCCGUGUCCUGACGCCGCAGCCGCUCGUCUCGGCCAACGGCCGGUUCCUCCUCGCAUGGAAUGGCCAGAUCUUUGACUGGGAUCAGCCUUCCAGUAUCACGACGUCGUCCAAGGCCAAGCUGGACCGCGGAGAAAACGACGGACGUCUCCUCUUCGACACUAUCGUGGAGCGCGUCGAGUUGCUCGAGGCAGGCCAAGGAGCGUCUGCACCAGCGGCAGCCUCGAGCAUCGGAGAAGCAGUGCGCUCGAGCCUGGCCGAAGUCGAGGGACCGUAUGCCUUCGCUCUGGUCGACAAGCUGGCUGGCGUUUUGGUGUAUGGACGCGACCCGCUCGGGCGUAGAUCCCUGCUCGUCACCUACGACGGCGAGCAAGGCAUGAUGCUGGCGUCGGUCUCCUGCCUCGAGGCUGUGACUGCUGGCCUCGACAUGCAAGAGGCGGACUGCGCGUCGCUCUGGACCGUCAAUCUGCAUCAAAGCCACCUCGAGUCUUCAGCUCUGGAACGCCAAUCUAGCAGAUACGCCCCUCUGCGGCUGUACGAGCUUGACAAUCCUGCAGCGACGCCAACCGACCUCGACGUACCAUCUUCAUCCCUGGAGGACCGCCAUGCGGCGAGUGCAGCCUUCGAAGCGGUGCUCGCCAAGAGCGUCGAGGCGCGCGUCACCAACAUCCGCACCCACGGACGGCGGGACGAGGCGCACGUUGCGGUCCUCUUCUCGGGCGGCCUCGACUGCGCCACACUGGCGCGGCUGGCCGAUCGCUUCGUCCCGCUCGAGCAGCCCAUCGACCUGCUCAAUGUCGCCUUUGAGAACCCGCGCGCCAUCAAGGCGGCGAGACUCGAAGCGGAGCGGGCGCGUCUGCGAGCGUGCAAGCAGCAAGCGCCGCGCCGGCGGAGGGCAGCGUUCGAGGCAGGUCAAGAGGCUUCCCCGCUCGACUCGGGCGAUCGUGGGCAGGCCGACGCGACGAGCGCUGCGGCGCUGGAUGUCGCCUUGCCCGAGGUCGACAUUUACGACGUGCCGGACCGCCUGACGGGUCGAGCGACGCACGCCGAGCUGGUGGCGCUCGCCCCGCGGCGGCGCUGGAACUUUGUCGAGAUCAACGUCACCUAUGCCGAGUACUGCGAGGCGCGCGAGACGGUCAUGGCGCUGAUGCACCCUACAGCCAGCGUGAUGGAUCUUAGCAUCGCGUCCGCCCUCUUCUUCGCAUCCCGCGGGUAUGGCCAUGUGGUCGAAGCGUCGAGCAUGCGCCGUCAAGCCUACACGACGCCGGCGCGCGUGCUGAUCUCGGGUCUGGGCGCCGACGAGCUGUUGGGCGGCUACUCGCGCCACCGCAACGCCUUUGCGCGGCACGGCUGGGCGGGCCUCGUCGAAGAGCUCCAACUCGACCUCGCCCGCCUCCCGACGCGCAACCUGGGGCGGGACGACCGCAUCCUCUCGACGCAUGGCCGCGAAGCGCGCUACCCCUUCCUCGCUCACCCGGUCCUCUCCCACCUCUGCUCCCUCCCCGUUCCCGCAAAGACGGACCCGAGGAUGGGCGAAGGGACGGGCGACAAGCUCCUGCUGCGCGACCUCGCCUCGUCGCCCUCGAUCGGCCUCGUCGGCGCAGCCAGGCUCAAGAAGCGCGCCAUGCAGUUUGGCACGCGCGCUGCCAAGAUCGACGAGGGACAGGGAAACGUAAAGGGACACGAGUCGAUCAAGUGA